AUGGCAGAAAGCCAGAGUACGAAUUUGUCACCUAUAGGGGUCCGGGAUGUGGAAUUCCAUACUGAUACCCAGACGCACUCCCCCAGUUCAAUAUUGUCAAAUGAACCCAUUAAGCUUGACAUAGAGCAUGCAAUGGUUAAGGAUGAUCCCCGAAUAUGGUCAAACACGAAGAAGACCACUAUAUUGUUCAUUAUAUCUGGAGCCACGAUGUUCGCGGGUUUGGCUGCGAACAUACAAAACCCUGCCAAUGCUCAAAUCGAGCAACAGCUACUCGCCAGCAGUGGGGAUAUCAGCCUGAGUUUGGCACUGUUCAUUCUCGCUCAAGGCACUUUUCCUAUCAUUUGGAGUGCGAUUAGCGAGAUAAAGGGCCGCAAGCUCGCGUACCUUCUAUCCAUUGCACUUUUUAUGAUUGGAUCUUCAAUCGUGGCCGUGUCAAGGACUAUUGGUUUGGUAAUUGGCAUGCGAAUUGUGCAAGGCGCAGGGUCAAGCGCAGUUUUCGCUAUCGGAACUGCCACUCUGGCCGAUAUAUACGAGCCGCAUCAACGAGGUACAAUGAUGGGUGUCUACUAUUCUGCACCUCUCCUCGGUCCCUCGUUAGGACCAAUCUUUGGUGGUGCACUCACACAGGGCCUCAGCUGGCGGGCGAUUUUCUGGUUCUUGGCCAUCUGGGGAGGCAUUAUCUUUUUGGCAUUCCUUUUCUUGUUCAAGGACACCUUCAGGAAGGAGAGGAGUGUGACUUACCAGAACGUAUUGAAGUCGAGGCUCCAAGAGCUGCAAUCGUCAGAAGUGAAGGACAAGUCGCCAAUUAUUUCGGAGUCAGAAGUGGGCGGAGAAAACCAGACGAUUUCGAAAGAUAUCGAAGCACAGAAAAUGGUUGUACCAGCGUCGGCCAUUAAAGAUGUAAACCUAUCCAUGGCUGAUAUCAACCCUUUCCCUGCGUGCCUCUCGAUUUUCAGCCGCAAGAACAACCUUGUUAUCAUGAUAACAUCGGGCUUAAUACUUGGGUUUAGCUUCAGUAUUGCGUAUACAUGCGCAAGAACAUUGUCGAUGUAUUAUGAUUAUGAUGCAUUGAAAACUGGCCUUGUUUUGCUUGCCUAUGGUGUCGGUGACGUAACCGGUAGCAUAUUGGGUGGUCGUUGGUCCGAUCGGACACUUGCUCGGCUAAAGACCGCAAAUGGAGGGGUCAGCUUUCCAGAGAUGCGCCUCGAGAGCACGAAAAUCAUGUUAUGGUCACCUCUUUCUGUGAUUGGAUACGCCUGGGUGUGCCAAGAACGAGUCAGUAUCGCUGCUGUGUGUGUGAUGCUGUUCCUCGCUGGAUUUCUAUCCGUAUGGACCUACACAAAUAUACUGGCAUACCUUGUCGACGCAAACACUGGUCGCUCAUCAAUGGCAGUAGCAACGAAUAGUUUUGUUCGUGGUCUGUUUGCUUUUGUCGCUGCCGAGAUUGCUGUUCCUUUACAAGACACAAUUGGCGAUGGUGGCCUGUAUACUCUCUGGGCAGGUCUGAUGGUCGUCGUUCAGUGCAUGAUUCUGCUGGUGUUGUACAAAGGCAGGCGCUGGAGAGAAGCCAGUGUUGAGCGGGAGGAGCGGAAACUGCCAAGUAAGGAGUAA